GUCGUAGAAAAAAAGGAGAGAGCGAAGGAGUCGAACCGAGGACAGUUUGUUGCGUUGUCUUUAGUUGAGGCAUCUGUUGCAGGCCCCGGAUCGGCGCCGCUCGCGUGAUCGCUCUGCUCCGCCGCGUCCCGUCUCGUCUCCUUUCUCCCUCGAUCCCGUCGCGGAAGCGCGGCAUGCUCAGGAACAGCCCCCCGAGUCACCGCCAUGAUGGGACCUCGCCGCUCCCCCUCGGCAUGGACUGGAGCCCUCCCCCCAAGCGUUGGGAUGGAAGGAAUACUGUCUGGCCUCACAACCACCAGACUGGUUGGAGCUAUUGUGUCAUGAUUCCUUCUUGGAGUAUUCAGACAGAGCCUGGUGCAUCCCAUGAGAGCUUAAAUCCUAUUGUUUUUUACAGGAUUCAUGUGGGUAUACAAUCCCCACAAGGCAUCAGUACCAGCCACGAGUUACUACGAAGAUUCAGUGACUUCCUGAAAUUACACUCUGCUCUUAAGAAGGCAUUUCCAAGAAAAGAUAUUCCUCUAGCACCACCAAAACAUGCUUUUCUGAGAAUAAAUUCCAGUCGCGUGCUCCUAGAAGAGAGAAGACAUGCUUUGGCAGAAUGGAUGCAGAAGUUACUCUCUGAUAUACAUUUAUCCAGAAGUGCACAAGUAGCAAGUUUUCUUGAAUUGGAAGCUGCUGCAAGGUCAGCAUUCCACUAUGUUAAUAAUCAUCCUACAGAAUCAAAUUCUUCAACUGAUGCUGCUGCCAUGAGCCCUUCAACUCUAGCUCGACCUAGUUCCAGUGUUCUUGUUUCCAACAAUUCAACACUCACAUCUAUGGUGCCAUAUGCUUCCUUAGAUGGUCUCCAUGACAAUGCAAAUAAAACAUCAGACUUUGGUAUUGCGAGAAAAGGAAAGAUUCAAGCUUCUCAAACUAAUGCUGAAGAUGUAUCAUUGGUUCACAAUCAUUCUGCAAAUAUAGCAAUUGGGAACGACAUCAUGGGCGAAUCAUUCUUUGAUCAACCAGAAGAUUUCGGUAGGGUUAAAUUGAACGAUAGGAAAGAGUUCCUUGCUCCACAUAGAGAGAUAAUUGGUGGCAAUUCUAGGGGCAGAAUGGAGUCUAUAUCAGAUCAGGACCAUAAUAAACAUUCUGGUCAUGCUCGUAAGCUCUCUGCUGAAAGCUUUGAGAGUGACAUAAGUUCUAUUAGAGGCAGUGAACUAUCAUUUGCUGGAGUCACAAAUUCAAUUUGGGAUGGUUCCUUUGAUGCCCCUAGCAGCACUGAAGUUUUAAAUGCUGCAGAUGGUCCAGGCACACAAUUUCUUGAAAAUUCGCAAAUUGUUCUUCCAUAUGAUCAAAGGUACAAAUUAAAUAGAGUUCUUGUAACUAUGCAACGAAGGUUAGUAACAACAAAAACCGAUAUGGAGGAUCUUAUAGCUCGGCUGAACCAAGAAAUGGCUGUGAAAGAAUACCUUACCACGAAGGUCAAGGAUUUAGAGAUUGAAUUAGAAGCUACCGAGCAGAAAGCUAAAGAAAACUUGCAGCAAGCUAUCUUAAUUGAAAGAGAAAGAGUCACCGAAAUGCAAUGGGAUAUGGAUGAACUACGGAGGAAGUAUUCAGAGAUGGAGACAAAACUCUUGUUUGAGGAAAAUGAAAGGAGUUAUGCUGAAUCAGAAAAGAAAAUUUCUAAAGAAGAAAAAGAUUGCUUACAGCAGGAGUUAGAUAGUAAACAAGAAGAAUUAGUGAACAUGCAAAAGCGUCUGGAAGAGUUGGAAUUGAAAUCAAAGGCCGAUAUCAAAGUUCUUGUCAAAGAAGUGAAGUUCUUGAGGAAAUCUCAAGCAGAGCUCAAGGAAAUACUGAAUCAGUCUGUAAGAGAAAAGACUGAACUAGAGGGAGUUCUGCGGAAGGAAAUGCAGAGAUGGUCACAUGCAAAGUCAGCGAACAAAACUUUUCUUCAUGAAUGCAGAGUUCUACGUGAUCGGCUUCAAGAAUGCAGUGUUAAUUUUCUCACUGAUGAGGAAGAUAAGUUCACUAUUGAUGAUUCAUCACUCUCUGAUGCAGUGGAUCUUCUGGCAACAUCAGAUAAUCGGAUAGGUCUCCUUCUUGCAGAGGCUCAACUCCUUGCAAGAAAUGAUGAAAUGGCAUAUAUAAAUGAUGAUGUUCAAUCUACAGAAGUUUCUGAGUCUCCAAUUAUACCAAACGGUGAUACUUCCAUGACUGCAGAUGACGAUGAGAUACGGAAAACUCUUACUGAUGUGUUCAUAGACAAUCUGAAAUUAAGGAAACAGGUAAACACUGUGAUCAGACAUGCGCUGAAUACAGUUACGAAACAAGAGAAAGAAGACGGUUCCGAAGUCCCUUCCAGGAAGACUGUCCUCAACCGGUUCUUGGAGCGAUGAAACAACACAAAUGUACAUCAUCACUUAUUCGUGUGUUUGGCUGCGCUGUAUAUUCCGGUCACAUAGACAAGAUAUGGUCAUCUACAGGUCAACAAGGAGAAGAACAAGAACUGCCUGGGUUUUGCAUUGACAAUCUCGCGUAGUUAUGAGUAAAAUGGCUUGUUAUAAGAGAUGUUUUCCUUGAUAUUUGAGACUCGUACUACCGUGAAAUAUCGAACAAUAGUAUAUAAAACAGAAUCAAAUUUGCUAGCAAUAACUGAUUGAAAAAUGAGUAUUUUUAUUUUCUC